AGCCGCCACUCCCUCUCGCCCCACCCCCGGGAUCAGCGCGCUGACAGCUCCCAGCCGCCCUGCGUCACGCCUCCCGCCGCCGCCAUGCUAUCCACGGUGGCGCUCCGCCGUCCCCUCGCCGCCGCCGCCCGCCUAGCCCGAGGCAGUCCUCAGGUACUCGCAUCUCUUGCUACAGGGCCCAGACAGAAUAAUGGCAUUUUUUAUGAAAUCCGCACAUAUGAUGUUAAGCCAUCGAAGAUGAAGGAGUUUGUGGAAUUGAUCCAUAAGCACCUGCACCUCCGCACAGCUCACUCAGAGCUAGUGGGAUUCUGGACGGCAGAGCUGGGAGCAAUGAAUAAGGCUGUACACAUCUGGAAGUAUGACAAUUUUGCCCACAGAACAGCAGUCCGGCAAGCACUAGCCAAUGACAAGGAGUGGCAGGGACAAUUCAUCUCUCCAGCUCUUCCCCUUAUAGAAAAGCAGCACAAUGAAGUUGCUUAUCUGGUACCCUGGUGUCAGCUUGGGAAACCUCCAAAGGAAGGGGGUGUGUAUGAAUUGGUUACUUUUCAAAUGAAGCCUGGUGGGCCAGCUCUGUGGGGUGAGGCAUUUCAAGCUGCAAUCAAUGCUCACAUCAACACAGGCUACACCAAGCUAAUCGGUGUUUUCCACACAGAGUAUGGGUUACUUAACACAGUCCAGGUGAUCUGGUGGAAUGAGAGCCCAGAUCACCGGGCAGCAGGAAGGCACAGGGCCCAUGAAGAUGCCAGAGUGGUAGCAGCUGUACGGGACAGUGUCAGAUUCUUGGAAUCCCAGCAAAAUAUACUCCUGACUCCUCUGGCAUGCUCACCACUGAAGUAGCCUACUGAAUGAUGGUGGAAAAGGUGAGAUGGACGCACCACACUGUUGGCAAGUACCAUUGCAUGGAUCAUCAGUCAUACCCUCACAAACUGUAUGGAUUUUCUUCAGAGUCAAUGCAAAAUGCUUAUCACCAGCACAGUAAAAUUCUGCACCCCUAUAGUUUAUGGUGAUGUUCCAACAUCUCCAGAAGUGAACUCAGAUCAUAUCACUUCCAACAAGAAACUUAACUUUACAGAUCUUUAUUUUAAACCCUUCACUUUUUAAUAUUUUUCUGCAUACCUAGUAGGGUCUAGUGAGUGCUCUUUUCCAAGCUUACAGCUCAGAGCUAGUGACUUGUAAUCAUCGCAUCAUGGGUAUUACAUACUGGCUUAAGAGUGCCCCCGUAUAUCCUCGUAACACAAUUAUGUUUUAAUCAGACAUCUUGUUGGGAUGCUUUAUAUUAAUUCUUAGUAAUGUAAAACUUCAUUGUGGCUGGAAUUGUGUCAAGCAGGUGCUGCAGUGUAGCUGGUUAGGCAAUGUUCUGAACUGAGUCUGCCCUAACUUCAGUCCUUUAAUUUUAUAUCCUGUAAACAUUUCUUUAAAAACUGUAGAAUUAAGUAUUUUAAUAGUUUUUUAGGGUGCUAAAAUUAUCUAUCCCAAAUUCACCUCAUCUAUGCAUCCUUAUCUUCUUUGAAAUACUGUCUGCCAGACUGUUACAAACCAAAUAAAUUUGUAUGAAGUGUGAA